AUGCAUACCACACACUUUGUGCCUGGAAUAGUAAGCCUUAGCAUCACUCAGAUCUACCUUACAGCCCUCCACCUGGCACCUCGGCGGCUGCACGUACCCAACCCUCGACCUCUUCGCCGGAGACGGCGGCAGCGCCGCCGCAGGCCCGCUGCCGCUUCUGGGCUUCAGCCCGAUCCGUUGAGAGAGUCGGGCCCACCAUUAUUAGCAGAUGCAGAAGAAGACGAGGACGAGGACGAUGAACCCUUUUCCAUUCUUGAAAUUUUCAGAACCCACAACCCAUUGCUGUUGCCUGAAUCAAAUCGAAAACGAAACACAUUACUAAUUGAUAAAGAUUGGAUUUUUUUGGGUCUUCUCUUGCUCAACAGGACACCAAAACUUAGAAAGGGUACAAACGAAAAGAGGAAAAUGAAAAAGAUGUACAGUGACACACACGAGAGAGUGGUGGUGGUGUGCUCUACACAGAACACAGAAUUCCCACCACUGGAUCGGAACAUGCUGCCGGCUACUAAACGGUCAAAAACUCUCAAACGGUCUGGAGAUUUCCUAGACCAUCAGACCCCUACGAACAAACACACCUCUACAAACCAACAGACCUCUACGAACCAGCAGACACCACAGGAGUUAACGAACGACCCACAACCGCAGAAAUGGACAUUCCGAGACAUGGUUAACAAACACAGAAACCAUGUGGAUAUGAACGCGGAUGAGGUGGCAGUAGAUGAUGAAGACAUCAGUGUAGAUCUAUCUCGCCCCAUGCCAGAGAUACGAAUUGCCAAAAGAUUCUUUGACCAAAUCAAUAAGGAUUGGCAGUUUGCGGUGAUUCUGUCCAAAGACAAUAAGUUGUAG